AGGAAGUAAUUGCAUCUUGAGCAUAUCAUUUUUAGCAAAGUUAAAACAGAGACACUCCCAUUGAGGAAAUCCAUUAAGGUUCAAACUUCAGAAAAAACCUGAAAAAACCUACUGUACUUCACUUCUUCUCAAAUACAGUGCCUUCGGUUGGUACCAUGAAUAACCUUUCGACACUAGAUGCUGAUUAACAGAGGUGAGAGAACAAUCAAAAAACCUGAACCACCAUUAGAGGUUAGAGAGUUUCUUAAGGUGAAGAUAAAAAAAAACAAUAUUUUUUUUGUACCGAAAGAAAUCACCCAUCUCUUCAGUUUACAAGUAUUUUGUAUAGAAAUGUUACCAACAGAGAAAAACAGAGUAUUUAUAUCUGUUUUUCUAAAAUGGUUCAUUUUAAUGUUUACACUUCUAGCUUCAGUUGCAGUACUUCUUUCCUUCACUCAUGUUUCCGACCAAUUUCAUUGGCUCAGAAUCGAAUACUCGGAUUGUAAUCAGGGAAUUAAGAAUUCCCAAGUCUCCCACAAUCCUAACACUGCGUUACAAGGAGGAGGAGGAGGAGGUGGAGGGGAAGAAGAAGAUUACAGUGAGAAAACAAACAUCUCGCACAUUUUAUUCGGAAUCGGUGGAUCAGUAAAAACAUGGGAAAAUCGUCGUCAUUAUACAGAGUUAUGGUGGAAACAAAACAUUACUCGUGGAUACGUAUGGUUAGAUGAAAAACCCGAUUCAUGGUUGAUAGAAUCUCCACCAUAUAAAGUAUCAGAAAACUGUUCAAAUUUUGGAUCAAACUCAGCUGUUCGAAUCGCUAGAAUCGUUUUAGAAAGCUUUAAACUCGGGUUAAAGAAUGUGAGGUGGUUUGUAUUAGGAGAUGAUGAUACGAUAUUUUUCACUGAAAAUCUAAUCAGUGUUUUAUCAAAAUAUGAUCAUAAUCAGAUGUAUUACAUUGGUAGUAAUUCAGAAAGCGUCGAACAAGAUGUUUUGCAUUCGUAUAAUAUGGCAUUUGGUGGUGGUGGUUUCGCUAUUAGUUAUAGAUUAGCGUUUGAAUUAGCUCAGAAUUUAGAUGAUUGCAUUAACAGGUACCCGAAUUUGUAUGGUUCAGAUGAAAGGAUAUCUUCUUGUAUAGCUGAUAUUGGUGUUCCUCUUACUAGAGAAGUUGGCUUCCAUCAGAUUGAUAUACGAGGUGACCCGUAUGGACUGUUAGCCGCACAUCCAGUGGCACCUCUAGUGUCUCUACACCAUCUCGAUUUAGUGGAACCGUUAUUUUCAAACAACACACGGUUGGAUUCGAUUAAGAUGCUGAUGGAUGCAUAUGACAUGGAUCCGUCCAGAACAUUACAACAAAGUGUAUGCUAUGACUUGAAACGGAAUUGGUCGGUAUCUAUUUCAUGGGGAUAUACGGUGCAGAUAUAUCCUUAUCUGCUAUCUGCAAAGGAGUUGUGCACUCCUUUACAAACUUUUCGAACGUGGAGAACUUGGAGCGAAAACAUGUUUACGUUUAAUGUCAGGCCCGUUAAGGAUGACCCUUGUGAAUCUCCGCUUGUAUAUUUCCUGGAUAGGGUAAAUGAAAUUGGAGGUCAGGAUGAAACACUUAGUACGUAUAAGAGUUAUUUUGAUGAGACUAGGACGAAAUGCGAUCAUUCUAAAUAUGUUACUGCUAUGAAUGUGACAAAGAUCUUGGUUUCUACUUCCAGAAUGGAGAAUAACGAGUGGCUAAAGAAUUGCUAAUUGAGGUACUAAUUUAUUUGGGGUCUACCAAAUUCCAGAAUGAUACUCGCCACCAAAAAACUAAUUACCCGACAGUCACGUUUCAUGUGAUCUAGGAAUCCUGAAAACAGGGGUACUUUGACAUUCCUCACUCCUAGCGUCAGUCACUUUGAGAUGUGUUCGUGCAAACAAAAAAAAAAAGCGUUUAACCCAUAAAUCAAUUAAUAUUAGUAAGAUUACAUGUGCAUCGGAUUUGAUUAUUUUAACAACACCAAAUUUGAUAAUAACGAAGAAAACAUGGUAGAAUAAAAAUUUGAUAUUAUUAUUUGUACUCAUUACGUAGAUGAUUCAAAGAGCUAUCCAAACAUACUAAUUUUGCAAAAAUCUGAUGUUUAUAUUGAAAGAUUUCCAAGUUUUGAAUUUUUUGAUCUAUUAUUUAAACAAUGACAUUCCUGUGAAUAUACAAAUAUUGAUUCAAUGAACAUUUUCGUCCUUGAAUAAAUAUGUAUAGUAAUGGUUGAUAUUAAAGGUCAUACUAGUAAUAUCAGGGUGACACCAAGUUAUUUUAUCUUUUUGUGACCAACCAAAAAGAAGGCUUCGCCAAAAAUACUUUUUUUCUCUUACCAAAAAAGAUAAAAAAAAAAUACAUAUUUUCUUUAUAUAAGUAUUAGUAAGAUAAGAUUGAUCACCAAAAUAUAUAUUUUUUCCCACGUAAAAACUUUAACCACUAAUAGAUGCCCCUUAGGAUGAUUCUAAGUCGAUGUUCUUCAUUCACUUCAUUCACGGAGAACACCAUGAAUCAGUGGAUGUUACUUAUUAAAUAGACCGUUCGUUAUGAUCGGUGGUUAUGAAUGUAUAUAUAAAGCAAUUAUAUAUAUCCAAAUUAUGGUAGUUCUUUUUUAUCUACAAUGUGGUAGAUGGCAAGCCCCUUAGCUAUAUUUUUUUUUUUUAACCAAAGAGCAAAUUAUAUAUUACAUAAACAGAUUUUUUAUAUUAUGAUUUAUGUAAGGAAUUACUAAGUCAGGAGGAUAAUUCCACCAAUCCCCACAUAAAUUAUGCUUACGAACUGCCUUUGCUAAAGCAUCUUCCUUGGCUAUAAAAUGCUACUAGUAUGUAGCGUAUAUACAGCAAUGGAAAAGUCUCUGAUACUGUACUGUCAAGUAUGUGGAAAUUUGCUUUUUGGGUUCACCCAUAAGACACAAAUAUCUCUGAUUCUAUGGUUUGUUAUCCUUAAAGUUUGGGAAAUUGCUAAAUAUACGUCCAACAUUUAUAGCGGCUCAUAGUGGUUGGUAUUUAGUCAAGUCUUCACUAUUCACAAUGCUUGCUCUUAUGCGGUGCUUAAACAUUUGUGUUCGGACAGAAAAAAAAUAACUUUUUUAUCCAACUAAAUUAAUAAAGUA